CUCGAUAUGAAUGUUUACCUAACUACAACUUUGAAUGUCGACAAUUUUGGUCCUUACUAGAUAGGCCACGACUAUCACAAACUUGCGAAAACUUUGAAAGGUAAAUUUAAUUAUAAGUUAAGAAAAUGAAAAAUUUAAAUAUGAUUUCACGGGCUUCUCAAUGGCAUAAGUUCUCUAGCAAUUUUUGGAUUCGUCCAAAUUACGUGCGGAAUUUUCAUAUAAGUAGCGCGCAAUGGAAGGAAAAAAAAAGUAAAAAGGUAUCUUCUGAGAAGGUUAAAGAUUCAGAAGCGUACAGCGAUGUCUUAAAGAAGAUGGAAAAUGAUAUGUCUCAGAUUCACAAGAAAUUAGAGGCGGGAUUUAAGGAAAUGGCUUUAUCUCCGAAUCAAGGAGUUUUCAAUCAAUUAGAAAAGCUUUCUGUUCAUUUUGGAUCAUCUACCUCUAAGAAAAGCUCAAGUGGAAGUCAAUUGCUCCGCGACGUUGCUUCCCUUACUAAAAAAAGUGCCCAGCAGCUCAUGAUUCAUCCAUACGAGGAAUCUUACAUGAAGCAUGUAUUAAAAGCAUUGGACGAAUCUACAUUUCCGAUUAAGGCUUCUAAAACAGAUUCAUCAACUAUCAUGGUUGUUCCUCAAAAGACAACACAAGAAAGCAGACAGCGGUUAGCUAAAGAACUUGAAAACCAUGCAAAGAAAAGCAAAGAUGCGCUGUCUUCUAUCAGAAAUGAUGUAAAAAAGGCGAUUGCUAAAUAUAAGAAGGAUCGGGUAUGGACAACAGAUGAUUGCUAUGACGCUGAAAACCAUAUGCAAGUACUUUACAAGAAGUCUGUGUCAGCAUUAGAUACCGUUCUUAGCAACGUACAAAAGAAAGUCUUGAAUCCAUAACUUGACUAGGUUUUUCAGAUUCUACUCACUCCAUUCUAUGUCUUCCUUUUCUACUCGUGUACGUAUAAUGUUUUACAGAAGUAGCUCUCAUUUAGAAUCUACACGCUCUACCAAUGCUUAAAAAAAGAUGGCAUUGACCAAUACGGUAGAGAACACCAUUUGCAUACGGAUGGAUUCUUAUUGCCUUUAUCAAAAGUUUUGUGCUGUGCAAUCAAUAUGGUAUUUUCGCGAGCCCUUGUUUGAAGGUUGCAGCUCUUUAGUGACAUUUGCAAGCAAAAGUUAAAACACAUUCAGGCAGGAAUUAAAGCUUAGAGGAGAAAAAAUUGAGAAAGGGGGUUCUUUCAUUUGAGCAGCAAAGAUAGUCAGUUGUAUGAAUUAAUUAUAAAAGCACGGCUAAGAAAAGACCGAAGAGAAAAAAGAAGAUUGGAAGAGUAGUACCGUAACCAAAUUCUAAUUCAUUCCUAGUUGGUUUAAAGUUAUUGAUUUAAAAUAUAAAGGCAAGACAAUUGAAAAUAAAAGCCAUUACACCAGUAUAUUUUACUCGAUAGUUUUUCCAGAACGAACUUCUUUUCCUGUUUUCUUGAUUGUUUCCAAUACUGCAUCGUACGGUUUGUCAGUAAUAACAAAAACUUCCUGGGAUUCUAAAGAAAUAGUCUUUUCCUCAACUCCUAUGUUUGUUCAUUAGUGAAACCGUACGAAUCUGAUUUAGUACAAGAAACUCUUUUCAUGCCAGCACUUAGGACUUCAAUAUAUUGCUGCAUGAUAGUCAUUCCUUUGAUAUACUCCAGAUAAUUCACUUACCUAAACGGUUUAGAACUCGAUCGAUGGCAUUUUUGCAUCCAUCACAAGUCAUCACAACAUUGAAUGAGUACUUCAUAUUUUUCUAAAUGCUUAGUCUCUCCAAGUUGCAUUCAAACUUACGAAUAUGUUUGUUUUUAGAAUACGAACGAUGAAGAAGAUUACAAAGUUAGGCGCAGAACAGGUUUUGUUUGUAGCUCAAUAUAAACGAGGUACUGAAAUUCUCAAGAUACCUAAUGUUUUGGAACAGUGAAAAAGGCAAUUUUAACUCAUAUUAAAACGGGC